AUGGAAGAAGUUGUUGCAAGGUUGAACAUCACAUGGUUUAUUGCUAUAGCACCUCCUGCUUUAUCAUUUAGUACAGGACUUGUGGAAACAGUUCUCAUGAGAAUGCUGUUAGACCUGUCAUUGGAGUCCAGAGCGAUAUCUUUUUGUGAAGAAUAUUUGAAGUGUCUAUACUUAUCUUGCAAACCAAAGGCUUUGAAGAAUACUUACAACCUGUGUCUGUUUUCAAUGUCUGAGGUUGCUAUGGCAGUUGUGAAACCUGAGAUGAAAUCCUACAUCUGGCUUCAAACUGUGGAUGGUUCUAUUCAGCAAGUAGAGGAAGAGGUAGCCAUGUUUUGCCCCAUGAUCUGCCAGGAAGUACUUCAAACAGGCAUGGGAUCUUCCAAGACUUAUGCUAUAUCUCUUCCACAUCGUGUCAAUCCUGCAAUCUUGGGUUUGAUACUUGAUUACUGUCGGUUUCACCAAGUACCAGGACAUUCUAACAAGAUUAAUGAGUAUUUGAGUGUGCUACGAUUGAAGGAGCGCAAAACUUUUGAUGAGAAGUUUAUUCGGAUGGAUACAAAGAAGUUAUGUGAGUUGACAUCUGCUGCUGACAGCCUUCAACUGAAGCCUUUGGUUGACCUGACCAGCCGAGCUCUUGCUCGAAUUAUUGAAGGAAAAACUCCUGAGGAGAUUCGGGAAACAUUUCAUUUGCCUGAUGACCUCACCGAGGAAGAGAAGCUGGAACCACUGAGAAACAUAACUGAUGAUCCACGAAUUCGACUUCUAAACAGAUUAUAUGCUAGAAAGAGGAAAGAACUCAAAGAGAGGAAGAAACUGAAGGAUGUUGAGAUUGAGGAGGAACCAAAGGAUGAGCGUUCACUUGAAGAUCUUCUAUCAUUUAUUAAUGGCGCAGAUGGAGAUAUGAAGGGAACUAGAGCAAAUAAAAAUAAAAAGAAGAAUAGAAGAAGGAAAGACCAGGCAAAGGAUCUUUCUUCAAAAAAUGCAAAUGAAAACAAUAAGGUUAGACUAUUACCACAACACAUUAGACUUGGGUUGAAUCUUCUUCCUUCUGCAUUUCACAAUGUCAACUUUGACAAUUCCUUGGAGGCCUCUGCAAGUAAACCAUCAAGGAUGCAAACCUUUCCAACCGUUAAUUUUUCUCCAAAAUUUGAAUUUAUUGACGGUGAUGUUGAUGAUGAUUUAGAUCCUGCAAUGAAGGAGGAGCUUGACAGGGAAGUGGAAGAUUUUGCGCGAAGAUUAAAUUCAGAUUGGCCUGAAAGGAUGCAAAUUUUAUCUUUAAGUCAAGACAGAAGACUGGGUCUGUUAGUCGUUCUAAGAUAUGAUUCUGGACUGAGGGCUAAACAAGCAGUAAUGCCUAUCAUUGAGCGUGUAAUUUAUGGAUAUAGGCUUUUGAUCAGAGAUAGUGAAGCAGUGGCAGAUAAUUCAACUUCCAAGGUGAGUGGAAGUUGA